AUGGUCUUGACGGCAGAAAGAUUGGUCAAGUUGGCUUACAAUUAUCCAAAUCUCCAUAAUUCGUGGUACUUGAUAGCCUGUGCUGCUCUUACAGUGAUCAACGAACCCCAGGAGAUUCCGAAAGUGUUCCACUUUGCUUUGAGACAGCAGUUAUUGGAGUAUUCGCAAGAAAAGUCUUUGUUGACAGACACGUAUUUGUUGAAAUUAGCCCAGGAUUCAAUUUCGUCUUCAGAGAGGUUUAAAGACUUCGAUGCCGUGGGAGUCAAAUUGCCAGAUUUGAUGAUUCCCUUUACAUACUACAACAAGUUGCCUGUGAAGUUCAAAUUCACUAAGUCUGAGGAUAUUCACCAUUCGCAAUCUGCUAUUGCUGCAAAGUUCAGAGAAGUGAUUCUCAAGUCAGCUGCCCUUUCUGGGUUACCGAAGGCGAUCAAUGCUCUUAUGAUCUUGAAGAGCGUAACGCCCACCAGCAUCAGGCCCUCAGAAUUGCCAGCUAGAAAGCCCAUUGUACUUCCGGGCCAUCUUCCUUCAUCGGAAAUCGUAGGCGAAGAUGUGAGUGGAACACAUUUCAAUGGAAGAAAGGAGCCAGGCUGGCCGGCUACUGAAACUAUCGAUGGAGCGAUCUCUCCAAGUUCUGUUGAUACACGUGAAAUCCAGAAGAACUUGACAAGAGGCUCUGAGUUCUGGAACUCCAUCUACACAAACAAAAUCAACACCCGGAUCAGAAGACAGAUGUACAACGCCUAUCCGGACUUGUGGUACUUUGCAUACCAGAACGUCUACUCUCCUCUCUUGAGUUUCACCGAUAUCUUAUCGGCCAAGGAAACAUCUAUGUGUGUAGUCACAUGUUUGAUUCCACAGGACGUGAAUCCACAAUUGAAGGGCCAUUUGAAGGGUGCCCGCAAUGUGGGAGCAACCGAAGAAGAAUUGGAAGAACUUAGACAAUUGGUGUUUGACCUCUGCGACUGGAGCGGUGGCGUCCACUGGAAGGGAGGCAAGGAAAGCGUAGCCAAGUUAUAG